AUGCCGAAGUUCGCAAAGUUCUUAAAGGGUAUCUUGUCUAACAGGAGGCAGAAGGGUGACUUCGAGACCGUAGUGUUAACAGAGAAUUGCACCGCUCUCUUUACGGCAAAUUCUUCACCAAAGCUUCAGGAUCCAGGAAGUUUCUCCAUACCGUGCAAGAUUGGAUCUAAACUGAUACCGAGAGCUUUUUGCGACUUGGGGGCCAGCGUUAGCCUACUUCUAUACUCUUUAUGCAAGAAGUUGGGCCGCCAGAACAUUAAACUGACCACUAUGGCACUGCAACUAGCUGACCAUUCAUGCAGAUACCCAAUGGGAAUAGUGGAAGACGUGCUAGAUGUGCAGAGCCUCCACAAGCUGGCCGUGAGCAUUUCAUGGGUGUGGAGGCGUCAGAGGGACCGAAAGAGUGAAAGGUGA